CGUGCAAUCCUCAAGAAUCAAGACCUGCUCCAACAAACGCCCAUCUCGAACAUCUUCUCCAACGACUUCUGGGGCACCCCGCUCAUCCACAGCGGCAGCCAUAAAUCUUAUCGCCCUCUUUGUGUUCUCUCUUAUCGUCUCAACCACCUCCUCGGUCAACUCGAUCCCUUCGGUUAUCAUCUCGGUAAUAUCCUCAUUCACGUCAUUGUCACAGCCCUGUUCACCUACACAGCUCGGACUAUCGUUUUGCGUCGGACUUUACCGGCAUGUUUAGCCGGGGUUUUGUUCGCCGCACAUCCGAUUCACACUGAAGCGGUGGCCGGGAUCGUCGGGAGGGCGGAUGUCGGUGCAUGUCUUUUCUUCUUAUUGUCUUUUCUUAGCUACAUCAACUACUGCAACCAGCGAGACGCAGGUCAUUCUAAAUCCAGGAGUGAUGAAGCGCAGUUGUGGAAGAGGUGGGGUUACUUAAUUCUGAGCGACCUGUUUGCGACCAUGAGUAUGCUGACUAAAGAACAUGGAAUGACCGUCUUGGCGGUUAACAUUGCAUACGAUAUCUUCAUCCAGCAUAAAAUGCGGCUGAGAGACCUGUUGUCAUUAAAAAUAUUUUCAAAGAAUUACCGAUCCUUAAGAGAAGGCAUCAUCUCUCAGGUGAUUUGCAUAACUCUGCUCCUUGCAUUCCGUCUUCACUUCAUGGGCAACACUACUCCUCAGUUUGCUCCCUCGGACAAUCCUGCUGCCAGCAGUGAAGACUUUCUUACAAGACUCUUGACGUUUCUUCAUCUUCCAGUGUUAAAUGUUUGGUUGUUGCUAUGUCCAUAUCGUCUUAGUUUUGAUUGGUCAAUGGAAGCGGUCCCGCUGAUCGAGUCCGUGUUUGACGCUCGCAAUGUUUUAACUAUCGCUUUUUACGGCGGUCUAACCACUACUGCCUGGUACUGCUUUCUAAAAUUAGAAGAUUUAUUUAUCGAGAAGGAAAUUUUAUGCAAGAUGGAGGAUGCGGAUUGCCUACUAUGGAAUGGGAAUGGCAAACUGCAUGAAAAUGGCAACGGGCAUGCGUUGAACGGCUACGCAGAAAAGAGGAAUGGACACACCAAGUAUGGGUCAAUGAAAAACGGACAUGUUAAGAAUGGACAUGCUAAGAAUGGGCAUGCCAAGAAUGGGCAUCUGAAAAACGGACACACUUUUAUUCUCAGUCCGAGUUGCAACAACAGCAAUGGCAAUGGCCUGAAACACGAUACCAUAUCAACCCUCCGUAGGCGGCAGGGCAACCAACGGAAAUCCCAUCACUCGCAACCCUCAUCACCAACGAAUAAAUCACCUCCAAACUUCCCACCGUCGGAUCUUCCAGAGAGGGAGCGAUUCCUGAAUGUAAUUAUCGUCAGCAUGGCUUUGAUGAUUCUUCCUUUCAUUCCGGCAACUAAUCUGUUUUUCUACGUCGGGUUUGUGAUAGCUGAACGUAUCCUUUACAUUCCAAGCAUGGGAUUCUGUCUCAUCACCGCCGAAGCCGGCUACCAGUUAUGGAGACGCAGUCAUAAGAGAUAUAGAACGGCCGUCAUAACGGUUAUCGUUUCAGCGGUGCUGAUGUUGAGUCUGCGGACGUGGCUCAGAAACUUUGAUUGGCAGUCUGAGGAGUCUCUCUACCGCUCUGGAAUCGAUGUGAACCCACCCAAAGCCUGGGGAAAUCUUGCCAACAUCCUCAAAACGCAAGGAAAGUCUGCAGAGGCCGAAGACGCUUACAGAAACGCACUUAGUUACCGUGGUAACAUGGCUGACGUCCAUUAUAACUUAGGGAUUUUACUGCAAGAGAGCAAACGUCUUGAAGAAGCUUUAGCAAGUUACAAGAUGGCCAUCCAGUGCAGACCAAGACUUUCAAUGGCUCAUUUGAACCUUGGUAUUGUGCUGACUGCUCUGGAUCGUAAUGAGGAGGCUGAAACGGUGUAUCGUCACGCUUCCAACCUGGACGAUGCUGGACUCAAAGAUCCCAAGAAUCAAAUGACUGGUGUCAUAUCGUCACUGUUCAAUCUUGGGAGAUUAAUGCAGGAUCAAGGAAGAUAUGAGGAAGCGCUGCAAGUGUUUAUAGAAGCCAUCGGUCGGCGGCCUGAUCACUACGCACCACAGAGCCUCUAUAAUAUGUUAGGUGAGACAUACUUUAAGCUAGGUAAAAGUGAAGAUGCCGAACGAUGGUUUAAGAAAUCUUUAGAGGUCAAACCGGACCACGUUCCAGCACAUCUCACCUACGCUCAUAUGCUUGCUAAAACGAAUCGUGCUGCUGAGGCCGAGACAUUCUUAAACAAAGCUUUAGAGAUUGAUGCGACAAAUCACAAUAUUUAUCAACAUUAUGAUCAGUUCCUUCAAGACCAAGGCAGACUCUCUGAAGCAGUAGCAAUGUCCUUCAAGGCAUUUGACCUCCAACCUGAUGACUAUGAUGUGACCUUUAACCUUGCUAACACCCUACGGCAGACAGGAAAUAAGGAGAAGGCUGAGGAAUUCUACAAGAAAGCAGCUCUGCAAAGGCCUGAGGUUGCAACAAGUCAUAUGAAUCUGGGGGCCAUGUUUCAUCUGAACGGCAAACUUGAAGAUGCUGAGAGGAGCUACAUGGAGGCGUUGCGUCUGAAACCCAACGAGCCCACAACGUUGCAAAACCUGAGAAAGUUACGCUCACUCAUGGCUAAGAAAGCUAACGGAGAAGCCAAAGGAAGUAAGACAGAGACCAAGGAAUUUGAUAAGUAGAGGGAUUGGGGUAAGGACAGAGAUGUUAACAAAUUAAAGGUGUUAUACAGGAUUUGUGGAGCUGACAAAGUAGUCUCAGAAAGUUUUCAUGUUUUGAGUGAUACUUCAAAUCACAAAUCUGUGAAACUGUUUCCUUAAUUUGCACAUUUAAAGCAUGGAAUCACACUUGUCGUAUUGGCUGUUACAUGGAAUCAACUCAACGUUUUGGGGGAUAUAUUUUACAGAAAAAAAUUCUAGUAUGAACUUCAUGAUCAGUUAGUGUUAAAUUAAAUCAGCCUAAGUUAAAUCACACAGUGGUGUGGAAGUUUUGUUUCGUUGCAAAUCCUGUAUAAUACCUUAAAAAAUGGAAGAUCAGAAUGAUGUAUUUUUCCACCUUUUUGUUUUGGGUUUCUUGUUAAGCAGAGGGUUGGGGGGUACUUCUUUAUUUGUCUGUGGGAAAUAGGGGAGGCAGAGACGAAAACAAAAAAAGUACACGGGACAUUUUUGUCCUGUCUGUCAGACUACAUUAUUAAUGCCCUUUGUAAGGCAUUGGCUGCCAGUUAGACUGCAUGUUAGUUGCCUUUGUAAGGUAUUAUAGGUGCCCAUGGCAAAGCUGCCCACCAUAGCGAGGUCACUCCAAGUUACCUGUAUGUUUCAUGUUGGUAUUCUGGGGAGAAUAUGGCAAAAGUAGAUGAUGAAAUUGCUGCAGAACCUGCUGCCGACAUAUAGGAUUCGACGUGCCUCUAGCCAUGCAGUGGGCUAACUCAGUGUUCUAGUGGUAAGACAUUUGCUCUAAGCAAUGCAAAAGGUAGUGGGUUUGAAUCCCACCAGAGUGAUUUG